AUGAAUUCUCGCUACGACACUCCAAGCAACAAAGCGGCGGUAAUGGGUUGUGAUGUUAUCGUUGCCAUAGGACAGCCCGAAAAAGACGACGACUUCAUCCUCACUCCAACCCAGAAAUGUGGACUGGAGGCUGUUGAUCUGUACAUGCAGCCGGCGACGUAUACUGGUUACUACCAUUACAGGGUUUCGAGUGACUCGUUGCGGCUCUUCCCUGUAACUUACAAGAUGAUAACUUUAGAUGAAAAUGGCAUGGAAGUUCAGGCUAUAAACCAGAAGGAGAAAUGGAUAAAGCCGAGCACGAAGGCGUUAGAAGAAACUUCAUGA